AUGAUCACUACUUUCAUCGCUUCAAAUUGCCAAUAUUCUUCUUCUUUUUCUUUUUCUUCAAAGCUACAGUCUUUUACCACCACCCUUCUCAAUCACACUACCAAUAUUCUCCCCUUAAACCCACUUCACACUCUAAAAGACCGACCCAUUUCACACUCUCCUCAAAUUUCUCGCUCAAUCAUCGAUUCAAGUACAUCAAUGGCGGCCAUGUCCACUGAGCAGAGUCAAGCUACAGUGGAAUCUGUUCCCAACUCAUCGAUGAAGCUUUUGUUUGUAGAGAUGGGUGUUGGGUAUGAUCAACACGGGCAAGACGUUACGAAAGCGGCUAUGAAAGCUUGCCGGGAUGCAAUCUCUUCCAAUUCCAUUCCAGCCUUCAGAAGAGGUACUCGGAGCAGGUUGAGGGGUGGAUUAACCCACAUGCCAAUGUCUACGUUGGGUCUGUCUGGUGCCAAUCCAUAUGCUGCAGGAUCUAUACCUGGUGUAAGUUUUGGUGAGAUGAAACUACAGAUUAAGCUGGGAGUUCCUCGACCUGUCCAACAAUCUCUAGACAUUGAGAGGGUCAAGUCUGUAUUUCCUUACGGAGAUAUUGUGAAUUUUGAAGUCGUGGAUGGUGGAUUGAUAUGCUCAAGUGGUGUGCAUGUCGAAGAAAUGGGAGAUAAGAAUGAUGACUGUUACAUAGUGAAUGCAGCCGUUUAUGUUGGUUAUUAA